CGUGAGAUCUAAAGAAGAAAAAGAAGCGAGAAAGCUAUAAACCCAGAGACCAAGUUUUGUGUCUUUGCUUUGUUAAGUUCCUCUUCCCUCAAGAACGCUUUCGCUUUUUCAUCUGCCCUAUUCGACAUGACGAAGCAGCAAGCUAACUGGUCUCCUUACGACAACAAUGGCGGAUCCUGUGUUGCGAUUGCCGGUGCCGAUUACUGUGUAAUCGCCGCUGAUACACGGUUGUCUACGGGUUACAACAUUCUCACUCGCGAUUACUCCAAAAUUUGUAAGCUGGCUGACAAAGCUGUGCUGGCCUCUUCUGGUUUUCAAGCUGAUGUGAAAGCCUUACAAAAGGCUUUGUCAGCUAGGCAUUUGAUCUACCAACAUCAGCACAACAAGCAAAUGAGCUGUCCUGCGAUGGCUCAACUGCUCUCAAAUACAUUGUACUACAAACGGUUCUUUCCUUAUUAUGCUUUUAAUGUUUUGGGUGGGCUUGAUAGCGAAGGAAAGGGUUGUGUCUUCACCUAUGAUGCUGUUGGUUCAUAUGAAAGAGUUGGAUACAGUGCCCAGGGCUCGGGCUCCACCCUAAUUACCCCCUUUUUAGAUAACCAACUGAAGUCUCCAAGCCCUCUAUUAUUGCCUGCACAGGAUUCUUCAACGCCUCUUUCAGAAGCUGAAGCAAUUGACCUGGUGAAAACCGUUUUUGCAUCUGCUACCGAGAGGGAUAUCUACACCGGUGACAAACUCGAAAUCGUUGUUCUUAAUGCUGAUGGUCUUCGACGUGAAUACAUGAAUCUCCGAGAAGAUUAGUUUAGUGGUUUCUCGAUUGAUUGAAUGAUUCAGCAACCUUUUGAACUCCCCAUCCGCGUACCCCUCCCGGAGAUUAUUGCAUUGUGAUGUUAUAUUUACGGAUGGUUAAGUUGAAGAUUUUCUCUGUAAUAUGACCUCUGUUUCCAGAUUAAAAUUUCUGUUGUGAACAUUGGAUUGUAUUAAAAUCUGCAGGGCCGUUGGCCAAUGUUGAUCGAUCCUCCCUUUUCUUCUAAAAAGUAGCUUAUUUCAUGAGAAAAUUGGAUUGAAGC